CCGUGACGUCAUACGAGGCCUUGCUAUAAAUACUCCCAAACAGAAGAAGUCGUCACAGAUUCAUCCACUUCCUAUUUUAAUAACAAUAAACAUCUGCGUCUGGAAAGAUGGCAAAGCCAAAGGUUUUCUUUGACAUCACCAUUGAUGGCGCUAGCGCGGGCAGGAUCACUAUGGAGCUUCGAGCAGACGCGGUGCCAAAGACUGCUGGUAGGGUCGCGGGGGUGUUUUUGUUUUGAUUCGACAGAGAACUUCCGGGCUCUGUGUACGGGAGAGAAAGGUUUUGGCUACAAGGGCUCAACAUUUCAUCGCAUCAUUCCCCGUUUCAUGUGUCAGGGCGGAGACUUCACCAACCACGACGGGACGGGAGGUAAGUCCAUUUACGGAGAAAAGUUCGCUGACGAGAACUUCCAGCUGAAGCAUGGCGGAAAAGGGACGCUGUCCAUGGCCAACGCCGGGCCGAACACCAACGGCUCGCAGUUUUUCAUCUGCACGGCGCCCACUGACUGGCUCAACGGAAAGCACGUGGUGUUCGGGAGCGUGAUUGACGGCUUGGACGUUCUGGACCUUGUCGAGAAGCAAGGAAACAAGAGCGGGACUCCCAAAGCCAAUGUGGUCAUCUCUGACUGCGGGGAGAUCAAGUAGAACCUCGCUACCGUCAUCUACCGCCCCCUGCUGGUACAGUCAAGUCAUUAGCUCGGACCCCGAUGCACGUCUUCGUCACCACCAGAGGUCACUGUUGCUGUCCCUUUUCAACAACAGAAAAUAUCUGGGAAAAAUGUUCUCUUCCUCUACAAAAAAGUCCCUUGACUAUCAUCUUGUAACUUUAGAAUUGUGAUUAAGAACAUUUAUUUAAAGGACGCAGUUGUACGAAUUAUUCACAAUAAAAACGUACAAACCAAAGUGUAAAAACAACUCAAAAAUUAAGGCAUCAACAUCUCCAUCAAUCUCAAAGACAGUGAUACAAAAAUAAUUUCUAACUCAUUUGUUUUCAAAAAUAAAAUAAGGCAAUGACUUGUAACUGAAAAUAUAAAUUAACAGCCAAUCACAGCACAGAACCACAAAGUUUUCUUUUUCUAGUUUCCAGUAAAAGUGUAUAGAAAUGUGCUAGAAAAUGUGCUAAUAUGACUAAUAAAUACGUGUUGGUCCCAAAGUGGCUAGCUGACAAAAACAAGCCACACUUUACUCGAAACGUUUAGCUCAGGGCUGGACGUGACGUCAAAACAACAUGCAAGCUCACUGUCUGCUAGCGUUUAGCAUUUCCUCUCAAUCAAAAUAACAAAUCGUCCAUUUCAGACAGUUAGCUUGCCUUCAUGCUACCUCGAUGCUCGCUGGCUUGCUAGCUUCACUUGUUCACAAGUUAAUGAAAGAAAUGACACGGAAUGCUUUUGUUUUCCACGACUAACACCGAUGAUACAGAUCCAUCUCUUUGUUUACAUCCUGGCUAAGCAAUUUAGCCUCUACGUUACAGUGUGAACGCCCUAAAAUGUGAUCGAGGUAAUCGGAAUAUAAAACUGUUGUUUUCCCAUUAGCAUUAGCAGUUAGCCCUGACUGCACUCUGCAGCCUGUCAUCAUCCGGGCAGUUGGUAGCUGGUAGCGAGGGGC